GUGUCCCAGGUGGUUCUCUAAGUGAUGAGUGAUACAUCACAAACUGAGUGACUGCAGCUCUGACAACAUAAAGACACAAGGGGAGCACGGCGGUCCACACUACAGAUCCACAACUGGAGGGAUUGUGUGAGUUGUUCUAUGGCUGACUUAUCUUUGUUUUUCUCAGUGGACUGAGCAGUAUGGAUGGUGUACCUCUGAGGGUUCCUCAGAGUGCUUCCUUUCAGGAACUAAAAUAUUCUGUCAGUAUGACUGUCCCUGACUACUUCAACAUCCUGCAGGAGACAGAGUAUGGAUUCAGUCUGGAGAACUGGGUGCUAACUGGGCUGCAAAGUGGCUUUGCCACCCAGCACCAGCUUAACCCCUCUUCCUCUUCAUCAAGCCUGCUGUCAUCUUGUCCACCAUACUGGAUGCUGUUUAGCAGCCCACAACAGAACGCCAGUCGACAGAGCUUGGACUUCUGCGAGCCCAGCCCUCGGCAGCGGUCCCACAGCCUCAACUCCUCCAUCCUGCGUACCAAGUUUACCAUCUCACCUUCAGAUGACGAAGAGGGCACUACACAGAAAGCCAAGACGAGUUCCAUAGUGAAAGUGAGUCCCGGGGAACAGCCUCCUGCAAACUGUCAGCGUGGUCAGAGGAAAGCACAGAAGGCCUUUGUCCCUGACCUGCUGAACCCCCCGGCCUGUCUGAGCAGCCUGCCCCACCAGCGCAGAAAGAACCUGCGUCAGUGUUCACUGUCAGUGCUUGACACGCCCACACAACAAGAUCCCAACACAGAGACUUAUCCCCAGAGCACUUCAUCACACACAGCCUCAAACAUGAGGAUCCCUCAUGCCAGAACCAGCACAGCCAGCAUGAUAUUCAGACCAGACACCUGUAGAAACCCUCCUGUCAUGUGGGGCCCCAGGGGUUUGUCCUCCUCUGCUUUGGACUCUACAGCAGAACUCCUGUCAGCUCUAAACCCAGAGGAGAGAGAGUUGCUGGAGGCCAUCACUGCAAGGGGCUACUCUCUUCAUACUGCCAUCACUGCCCUUCAGAGGACAGGACAGCAGACCCCAGAUGAGAUCUUGAGUUAUCUGGUGGCUUGUGACCACCUGUGUCAGCUGGGUUAUGACAUGUCCCAGGUGGAAGAGGCCUUGGAGAUGUUUCAAAACUGUGAAACAAAGGCAAAGGAGUUCCUACACCUGCUGAAUCAGUUCAAUGAGAUGGGCUUUCAGAAGAAUGCCAUCAAAGAAGUGCUGCUGGUUCAUGAAAACCACCGAGAUCGGGCCCUGGAGGAGCUUAUGAUGCGUGUUUCCUGAUAAAACACACACACUUUUCACAUUGAUAUCUUGCAGACAAUCAUCUGUAUUCUAAAAACUGCAGUCAUAUCUGACCUUGUGCUGGUAUGAAACAACUGCACACAUAUAGUUGAUGCUGACACUGCACUGUUAGAUGAUGAUCUAUUCAUAUUUCUGAAUUAACCCAUAUCUUCUUUACCACUUUUUUAGAUUAGUUUUGAAACAAAUAUACACUGAUUAAAGUCAUGCUGUGUCUAAAGUGACGCAAAUAUUUGUAGUAAUUGUGAACAAACUUAU